AUGGAAUGUCAAAUUUGUCACAAUUUUCAUCGCAAAUUUUGGUGUGCAAACUGUAUUCGAGAAAGGCUACAUUCUUACAAGGUUGAAACGAAUCAGAUCACUUAUGAUAAACAAAAAAAGGUUGAUCUGGCAAAUAAUUUUCUAUCAGGAACUAUGAAAAAUAUACAGGUAAACUUGGCCGAAAAACAUACAAAAGUUCAAAAAGUGAACAUUUUGGAGCUCGAAAUAAGUAAAAUAAGAGAAGAAAUCGCUCGAGAUCGUCAGGAAGUCGAUAAAUUAAAACGAAAUCUUAAAACGCGACGUGAAGUUUUACAAGAAUCUCUCACCUACUUUAAAAAGUUUAAAUCUCAUCAACAAGCUUUAAUUACGAAGGACAUUGAUAAUACAAAAGAAAGAUGGCAACAUGUACAUAAAAUACUUGCGCAUUCAAGAAAAGUCUUGAUCGGUGAACUUGUUUCAUUAUUUGACUUAAAAAGAGUAUCAAGCCAGGAAAAUCAUAUUAGAAUUAGAGAAAAUGAUGGCAUGUCAGAGAAUGGUCAUAUAGUAGCAAAUAGCAUUGGUGAUGAUUGUGAACAUGCAAUUGCUGGUAUAACCUUACCAAAAAAACAUUGCAUAAGACACCAUGUGAAUGACAGAGAGAGGAAAGAAGAAGAAAUAAUAAGAAUUAAUACCGCUGUCGGGCAUGUGAUGCACAUGAUUGGAUUGAUUGCAUUCUAUCUUGGCAUAAAGUUGCCGUUUCUAGUAAUAAAUAAGGGUUACAAAUCUUUUGCUAAGGGUUCUAUUCAUGGAAUUCCAAUAAGUAAAAGGCCUCUUUAUUUGACAGAUCGUAAUUCUGAAGAUUUUACUGUAGGGAUGGCAAUGCUUAAUUACAACAUCGCAUAUUUAUGUCAUACGCAAGGUGUAGAUAUUCCUCACACCAGAAUAUCACAUACGCUUCAGAAUUUAUUUCUGUGCUGUCAAGCGGCAAACCUCGGCCGGAUGGGUCACCUCACCGCUUUGAAUCGGAUUUUUGACCAAUCAUUUAGUUUAGACUUCGAAGAUGUUGUACGGAGAAUGUUUGUAUGGAUAAACGGGAACGGUCGAGAAGACAGCAUAUUAAGAUUUAAUAUACCGGGCGCUUUAUACGAUUAUUUUGAAGAAGACAUUGAUGAUGAUAAUGAAAAUAUGGAUGGGGAAACUUGGGUUCUUUGUGAUACUGUAUAG